UAUGUUAACUACGUUUUCUGUCAACAAAAGGCAACUCUAGCGAAAAAUAAACCACGAAAGUUUAUAUAUUUUUUCGCGGGUUUCGUUUAUUCGCUAGUAAUGUUUUAAUUUAUCACCCUUCGCAUCGCAUAAAUAUGGCCGAUCAAAACCAAGGUCUGAAAAAGCCGGCUUUGCUAAAAAUGGAUUUUCCGCAAGCGAGCAAUUCGGCCCCGUUCACGUUUCGCCUCUUGUCCAAUCAACAGGCCGGCGAGAAGGCGGCGGGCCUGCCCCGUUCGAAAAUGAACCUGCCGGUGGCCCAAAAAGCCAAGGAUCCGGCAAUCACGCGCACGCCCGAGUCCAAGUUAAAAAUCACGCACUCCAUGAACUCCACUGGCAAGUUACAAAUCGGCGGGACUACCGUCGAUUUCACGUCCGAAGACCUGCAGGAUCUCGGCGAGAUAGGUAGAGGUGGGUUCGGCACCGUCAACAAAAUGAUUCACAGAAAGUCGGGCACCGUGAUCGCCGUUAAACGGAUAAGAUCCACAGUGGACGAGAAGGAACAGAAACAGCUGCUGAUGGACCUCGAGGUCGUCAUGAAAAGCAACGAGUGCAACUACAUAGUGCAGUUUUACGGGGCCCUGUUCAAAGAGGGCGACUGUUGGAUAUGCAUGGAACUGAUGGACACGUCGCUCGAUAAAUUCUACAAGUUCAUCUACGAGAAGCUCGAUGCGCGGAUACCGGAGCCGGUGCUCGGUAAAAUUGCCCUCGCCACCGUUAAGGCGCUAAAUUACUUGAAGGAGGAGCUGAAAAUCAUACACCGCGACGUCAAACCCAGCAACAUCCUGCUGGACAAACGGGGUAGCAUCAAGCUCUGCGAUUUUGGCAUAUCGGGCCAGCUGGUCGAUUCGAUAGCCAAGACGAAAGACGCCGGUUGUCGCCCCUAUAUGGCACCCGAGCGGAUCGAUCCCCAAACGGCCAAAGGUUACGACGUGAGAAGCGACGUGUGGUCUUUGGGGAUCACCCUGAUGGAGGUCGCGACCGGACACUUCCCCUACAAGCGGUGGACGAGCGUGUUCGAUCAGUUGCACGAGGUGGUGAACGGGGAGGCACCACGGCUCAGUUCCCAGUGCGACUCGUUUACGCCAGAGUUCGUCAACUUUGUAAACACGUGCCUCAUCAAGCAGGAAAACCUCCGCCCCAAGUACAACAAACUCCUGCAGGACCCCUUCAUAUUGCGUUCGCAGCAAGAAAAGGUCGACGUGGCAGCCUACGUUCGUGAAAUUCUCGACGCCAUGGCCAAGAACGGCGUGAGCGCCUUCACCACCAACCAGCAGUGAGCGGGGGUAGUUUUCGCGAGUUAGCUCACAAUCGACAUCUCAGGACAACUAGGAAUGUCUCCGAGGUUUACCUUUAGGUUUUCCGUGGUCAAUACCGAGGCGGGGCGUUCCGCGGUCGCUCCGUCGAGCCCGGUUUUUCUAAUAAAUUUAGCCGAAUGUAAAUAACUUGUAGAUUUGUUGAUUGGAUGGUUAAAUAUAUUUUUCGUAUUUACUUCAUUGAAAGUGCCUAUAUCGUAUUACUGUACUGUUACGGUUUCGAAAAAUAAAUUCCUAG